AUGGCCGGUUCAUCUGACACUACAUCGUUUGCUGAUAAUUCUGCCUCCGUUAUGAUGUUGAAUUUAAAUCCACGUCAAAAUAUUACCCUUGAUCUCGAAUCGUCUCGAUACACUAAAUCCCUAAGGCUAAUGAUUGAGUGUCUGCCUUUCUCGCCACUAGCUUCAACCUUGACCAUGGCGGAAUUUGUUCCCUUGGUUCAUAUUUCCAAGGCGUAUUCGUUUGCAAACUAUAGUCAGGCUGAUGGAGUUAUCACAUUCGAGGUUGCUUCACACAAGACUUCGAUUUCAAAAGCUCGUUUCUACAGAUGCUUAGGGUUUACUGCUACAGAAGGGCUUGUUCAUCCAGAAUCAAUUUCUUCAUCUACACUCAUCGAGAUGUUCUACCAAAUGGGAUAUAUUAGGGAUAUCUCUCUUUUUUCAAAGUUCAGCAGGACCUAUCCACCUUCUACAUAG